CAACACCUAAUGGAAACCUUUGUUCUGAAGAGUGGUGGACUUGGGGCAGUUGAAUAAUUUUGGCAAUGAGGUCUUUGGCUGUUGGCACCAAAUCAGGAUACAAGUUUUUCUCUCUUUCCACUGUGGAAAAAUUGGAGCAGUUAUAUGAAUGUACGGACACGGAAGAUGUGUGUAUCGUGGAGCGGCUGUUCUCCAGCAGUUUGGUGGCCAUCGUCAGCCUGAAGGCCCCCAGGAAGCUUAAAGUCUGUCACUUCAAGAAGGGAACUGAAAUCUGCAACUACUCGUACUCCAACACGAUACUGGCUGUUAAGCUUAACAGACAGAGGCUGAUUGUGUGUCUGGAGGAGUCGCUUUACAUUCACAAUAUUCGAGACAUGAAAGUGCUGCAUACAAUCAGAGAAACUCCACCCAACCCUUCAGGGUUAUGUGCUCUGUCCAUAAGUAACGACAACUGUUACCUGGCAUAUCCUGGCAGUUCCAUGAUAGGCGAAGUUCAAGUUUUUGACACAGUAAACCUGCGAGCCGCAAACAUGAUUCCAGCCCAUGACAGCCCAUUAGCAGCGCUUGCAUUUGAUGCGAGUGGGACUAAAUUGGCCACAGCUUCAGAGAAGGGAACAGUCAUCCGGGUCUUCUCCAUCCCAGAAGGACAAAAACUCUUUGAGUUUCGACGAGGAGUCAAGAGAUGUGUGAGCAUCUGCUCGUUGGCCUUCAGCAUGGAGGGCUUGUACCUGUCAGCCUCCAGCAACACGGAGACGGUUCACAUCUUCAAGCUAGAAACACAAAAGGAGAAGUAUGUGCCAGCAGAAGAGCCUACAACAUGGGGAGGAUACUUGGGCAAGGUUCUGAUGGCGUCAACCACGUAUUUACCCUCCCAGGUCACAGAAAUGUUCACACAAGGACGAGCCUUCGCCACCGUUCGCCUGCCCUUCUGUGGGCAUAAGAACAUCUGUGCUUUAGCAAUGAUUCAAAAAAUUCCUAGGUUGUUGGUUGCAGCGGCUGAUGGCUACUUGUAUCUCUACAACCUGGAUCCUCAAGAAGGAGGGGAAUGUACUCUCAUGAAGCAGCACAGGUUAGAUGGCAGUGCAGAGCCGCCAAAUGAGAUCCUGGAACAGGGGUCACAUGAUCGUCCACUUGUGGCACAGACCUACAGCGCUUCUGUCACUAAAGGUUACUGUGACGAGCAGGGCGCUGUGGGAGGGGCGGGCCUGGAAGAAGACCUCAACAGCUUGCGUUUGGAGGAUGAGAACGAGCAACCUCCACUCAUCCUGGAAACUGACUGACCAAACGUAUGGCCACUCACACCAAUCAGAGGGCUCCUCUGGCGCUGCUAUUGAAAAGUGACAUGAGGGGGGUGGGGACAGAAUCAGAGAGGGACGGUGUCUUUUAAAAAAAAAAAAAAAAAAAAAAACAACACACCGAGUGCUCUUUGUUGUUAUCUGUUGUCGUUUCUCUCUUCACAUGCACCUCCGUAUUUUAUCUUCCUCCCUCCUUCUUGUGCUCCUUUUCCCCUCAGUUUCGUCUGCGCGGGCCAAACUGACUGCUUUGCAUGUACAUGUGCCAACCGCUCGAACGAAACCCCAAAGUGUGAGCGUGCGUGUUGGACUUUUGAUCAAAAUAGAACUGUAGCUAUGCUCUACUCAAGACACACGCAAAUGCUAGUCCUGUGUUAAAACUAGUGUUGCGCCAAUACUAGUAUCGGUACCGAUACAGCACUAAAAUGACGUCAUCGGUAUCGGGGAGUACUAGGAAACAUCGCAUAGUUGCUGUGCAAUAUGUACUCUUUGAGAUUUAGUUUUCCAACAGCUCGUCAAUCUACCCACGAUUGCCGACAGCAACACACGCUAAAAAAAUAGAGCGUUUGUCAGCCUUAACAAGAUGAUGACAGACAUCCAAUUGUUUGCCGUCCAAUCCUUCUCCUGCUGUGAAGUUCAAUGAGUAUAACUAGUAGACAUCCAUUCCAUAUUUGAAAUAGCCUGCCAUUCUCCCACUUUAAAUGGAUUGGAUGUCUAGUAGUAUCAAUAGCAGCCAAUAAGGUAAAAAAUUAAAAUUGUUCAAUUGGUUUAUCACUGGUAGACGUCCAAUCCAUUUUUAAUGGAAGUGGGGAGUGCUGCCAGCCCUCCCACUUCAAAUGGAUGGGACGUCUAAAGCAAUAAAAGACAGCCAAUGACUGUCUGACUAAGCCAUGAUAGCAAUGACUACAUUCAAGAGAGUAUUUACUAAUUUGUUAUUGAAAGAAAAAAAAUGUAUAUUUUUUCAAUUUAAAAAAACGUAUCUGUACAGUAUCGGCGAUGGGGGAUACCACAGAGCAAGGUAUCUUGACCCAUCAAAGGUAUCUGUGCAACACUUGUAAAAACAAAACAAGAUUGUAAGUGCCUCUUUGCCCUCCUAUCAUAUUUUCUUCUGUUUAAGAUCUUUGCAUUGGCUUAAUCUAUUUUCAUUUGUCAGAUCUUAAUUGAGGGUGUGCUCUACUCUCUUUUCUCUCCCUUCUCUCUCAUAUGAGCACACACACACUGUUGGGCAAGGAGUGCACAAUGUGUGUCGCCAACUUGCAUGUGACAGUUGAUGCUUUUUUUUUGCUGGCACAGGUGUGUGUUUGUUCGUGUGGCGUAAUUAGCUUACAAUUACUCUUAAUCACUUCUUAAACAGGCUCGUUGCACCCGCCCGUCCUUGCUUCCCUCCAAUCAAUAGUCAAAUUCCUACUUUGGUAAUAAGGCUGUUUUUUAAAUGCUACAUUUCAAUAAAAUGCUGUGUUAGCCUGCAUGAUGUUGCCAUGGUACUGUGUCAACAUACUGAAGACAUUUUAUGGAUGGUGACCAUUUUAUAUGCAGAGCUGAGAAACAACAAUAUGUCUGUACAGUUCUCAUCAUGGCUGGUUAGAAACUGUAAAUUGCUCUGCUUCUGACCAUAGAUCCUAGGAAGUGUCUUCAUUUGAUUGGUCCACAGGUCAGGGAUGUUUUAUCUAGUGUUGCACCGAUACCAUUUUUUGUGGGGGCGCCCGAUACUGAUUCCGACACUCAGCUCUGUGGUAUCGGCUGAUGCUGAUGUGUAUCAUUACCACAUUUAUUUGAAAAAAAUAUACAAUUUUUUCUUCUUUUAAUACUAAAUUACUGCUUACUCACUUGAAUGUAAAGCAAUUGCUAUCAUGUCUUGGUCAGACACUGCUUAACUCAUUGUCUGCCAUUGACAACUCUAGACGUCCAAUCCAUUUGAAGUGGGAGGGUUGGCAGCGAAUGAAAGAACGAUUGGACUUCCAUCAUUUUGAGAAGGUCAGCAAGUGCUCGUUUUGUACGCCGGCACGCAUAGCUGGCGGCCAUCUUGGGUGGGGCGACCAGCAAUUGGAAACUAGAUCUUGAAAAGUACAUUUUGUACGUCAUCGUUAUUUCUUAGAACUCGAGGAUACCGAUGACGUCAGUUUAGUGCUGUACUAGUAUGACUACCAACAUUGGUUCGGUGCAACACUAGUUAUUUCCAUUGGUGACUUAAGCGACUCAGCAAAAGGAUAGCCAGGAGGUUGGUAGUGUCAGGCUUUUUCUAUUGAUUUUGUACAAAAUGUGAAACAUUCAUUUGAAACCACAAUAAAGAUAAUGUUGAUGUGUGAUGUACUGUGAGAUCUUACUCACGUUCAUGUUUUUGUGUCCAAUGAUGCAACUAGGUCGUUUUAAAAACCAUGUUAGGUGAGUUGAGGGUUUUGUAGCCGAAUACAUUAUACAUCUUUGAGGAUAAUUACUGGAACUAUAGUAAUCCAUAAAUAACAGCACAUCAACAAAAUAUUUUUAACAACACAAAAUUAGACAUUUUGUUUUUCCCACCAUUUUUGUUUUCCUAUUUAUGUGUGGCUUCAAUUUUGAAGCUUAAUAUGCUUCAUUUUUUUCUAAUCCUUCCAAUUUUACAAGGAUAUUAAUACUCACUUUCCAGGAUAUGCAAGGUCUCAUUUGGCCUUAGAUCAUAAUGCAAUUUGAGUACACAAUAAUGCAAAUAUUUAUCCAAUUCUAGACGAAAUAUAGUCAUCUUAAUAUACUCUCGGAUAAUACAGCAACCUCUCACAUUCCUAAAAUAUGAAUGUGAGUGUGAAUGGCUGUUUGUCUAUUUGAGCAAGCUUGUGGGAAUCAACCCAUGUGAAGACAUGUGCUAUAGAAAAAAUUAAGUAUUUUACCUUAAAAUUAGAAAAUGUAAUUUAUGGAGAAACCACUUGGGGAUCCUUUGCUCUUCCAUGGAUCCCUUCUUUUAGAUUUUUGGUAAUUUCCUAUUAAUAUUGGAGCAUUUUAGGUUGACUUCCUUUUCAAC